GUUACCCAACGUCUGAGAUCAGCCCCGCUCAUAACCCACCUCUGAGGAAAACAGUCACUCUGAUUACCUUAAUUCUAAUUGGUACGAAAAACAGUUCCCGCCCCAAGCACCGAAUUUUAGGAUUCUCCCCCCCACCCCCGUAUAUGGGAGCUGACGAUUAGCUACGCGCUAUCUAGCCAAUGAGGACAAGCGAUGCUGCUGGGUGCCUGAGGAAACGGAAAGCGGCUUUUGAUCUUAGGUAAAAUUGGUCAAAGAGAGUAGGAACGGCGCGAAACUCCAUCUCGAGGCUUUCUCUCUCUUCAUAGCCUUUCUUUCGAUGGGGCUUCUGAGCGAAUUGACACGGGGCCUGGUGCGUGGCGCUGACCGUACAGCACCCUGGACUAGCAAGCGGGGCCCACGGUCCUUCUACAAGAGCCGAGGCGCUAAGGACGCCGGCUACCUCACUUGCAGCGGGAAAUUCAGGCUGGUACCCGAGAUGGUGCCCAAGCUAGUGGUGCCCGACCUGACCGGCUUCAAGCUCCGCCCGUACGUCUCCUACCGCGCCCCCGCAGGCAGUGAACCGUCCCUCACCGCCCGCGACCUCUUUCAAGAGAUCGUCGCCCCCAAGGUCAAGAAGGACUUCAACGAAGGCACCUUCGAUGCGGAGAAGCUGGAGAAAUACGGCUUUGAACCCAGCCAGGAAGGGAAACUCUUCAAGCUCUUCCCCAAGAACUUCGUGCGAUAGGGGGGAGAAAGACGUAGGCUGAGGCCAGCAAGUUUGGAAGAACGAACUCUUCUCCCCCGCCAUGAUGAGGAGUCGGCUUCUGUCGCUCUAUGACAGCGGAAAAGGGCCUUCGUUGGCUGAUUGACUCAAAGCUAUCAAACGUUGAACGUUCUCUGAUGCAAAAAUUAAAAAGCUCACUUAACCGAG